CAUAGCAGUGGUCGCUUCUGCCGCGUUCGUUCAUCAGGCGUAGAUUAUAGUGCAAUGAGGCGAUUGUAUAAUUCUCCUGAGCUAGGCGUAUCACGUGAAUGCUCUUUUACACACAAAGAAUAAAAGGAGACACGAGCUCCGGCUUGCAAUGCGUUGGACUGUAAGUCCGGAAGCUAUAAAAAGGAGGGAGGCCACCUAGACUCCGCUAGUCAACCGGCCCGUACUGUAUAUGGGAGUAUUGUGAGCAAGACAGUGCCGGAAAAUGCAUACUUUAUUCCAAGGAAAUAAGCGGGAAACAGUAGAGCCCGUCAAAGCGGACGUUAGAGGUACUGUUCCAUCUUGGCUUCAAGGUACACUUUUACGCAAUGGGCCGGGUAUGUUUUCUGUGGGAGAAACCAGCUACAACCACUGGUUUGAUGGGCUAGCCUUGUUGCACAGCUUCACCUUCAAAGAUGGUGAAGUUUAUUACAGAAGCAAAUACCUCAGGAGUGAAACUUUUACAAAAAACAUGCAGGCCAAUAGAAUAGUGGUAUCUGAAUUUGGAACCAUGGCCUAUCCAGAUCCUUGCAAAAAUAUAUUCUCAAAGGUAUUUUCUUAUAUUUCACACACCAUUCCCGACUUCACUGAUAAUUGUCUAAUUAAUUUCGCAAAGUAUGGAAAAGAUUUUUACGCUACUACAGAGACUAACUACUUCCAGAAAAUUGACCCCAACAGUCUUGAAACAUUACAGAAGCUGGAUUACCGAAAGUAUGUUGCUGUAAACUUGGCAACAUCGCAUCCACAUUAUGAUGACGAGGGGAAUGCCUAUAACAUGGGCACCUGCAUUGUUGAUUUUAGAAAACCCAAAUACACCAUCUUCAGGAUUCCUUCAACUACACCAGAAAGUGAGAUGAGAAAGACUUCAUGUUUGAAGAGCCUGGAUAUUGUGUGCUCAAUUCCCUGCCGCUCUGCACUCAGCCCAAGCUAUUAUCAUAGCUUUGGCAUGACAGACAAUUACAUCAUUUUUAUUGAGCAGCCAUUCAAACUGGACAUCUUGAGGCUAGCCACAGCCUACUAUCGAGGAGUAAACUGGGCUAGUUGCCUCAAGUUUGAUGCUGAUGAUAUUACAUUAAUUCACUUGAUUGACAGGAAGACAGGGAGGCCCGUGCAUACAAAGUUCUAUACUGAACCACUAGUAUUAUAUCAUCACAUCAAUGCUUAUGAAGAAGAAAAUCACGUUAUUUUUGAUGUAAUCACGUACAAGGAUAACAGUCUGUAUGAUAUGUUCUACCUGGUAAAUGUACAACAGGAUUCAUAUGACUUUGAGCAGAAGAACAAACUAUCUUCAAAACCCUUCUGUCAGAGGUUUGUCGUCCCGCUGUUCUCAGAAAAGGGCACAGAGAUUGGCAGUAAUCUGGUCCGACUAAAAUCGACUACUGCAACUGCAAUUAAAAAGAAAGAAGAUACUGUGUUUUGCCUCCCAGAAGUGAUUUGUGAAGGAGUGGAGCUACCCAGAAUUAACUAUGAUUACAAUGGGAAAAAAUACAGAUACUUCUAUUGCACAAGAGUAGAGUGGAGGCCGGUUCCAACAAAGAUCGCAAAAGUGGAUGCAAUGACAAAACAGAUUGUUGAAUGGUCUGAAGACGACUGCUGGCCAGCAGAGCCAGUUUUUGUACCUGCACCAGACGCAAAAGAAGAAGAUGAUGGUAUUAUUUUGUCCUCAAUUGUUUCUUCAAACCCAAGUAAACCUCCAUUCAUGCUAAUCCUUAACGCAAAGACUUUCCAAGAAAUCGCUAGAGCUUCCAUUAAUGCUGAUGUCCAUCUGGAUUUACAUGGCAUUUUUAUUCCCAGGAAUUCUUCAGGCUGAUGACGCCCUCUUGUGGGUCAUUUCAGAAAUUCUGUGCAGAAAUGCUGUACUUUACUCAGGUAUAACCAUGAAAAUGAAUAUGGAGAGAACAAGGAUUGAUUAUUUAUUUAUUUGGAUUCCUUGAUUUUCUGUUUUUUGUCUAAAUCUGAAACUUUGUCAAAGUUUUUUAGUAGUUAUUAAGAAUGGCAUGAUCUUCACCAGAGUUCAUAAAAUGAAAUGAUGAGGUUGACUGGAUGGCAGACUCCCUCAUCUCGCACUUUGUCACACCGGCUGAGGUUUAAGAUGCCAGGCAGUUGGGUAAAGAGACCUGGUUACCUUAAGGAAACGACAUACAAACAUGGGAAAGUGUGGAUUUUUUGACAGCAGGAUUUCAAAUUUUUUCCUUCUAUUUUUCUUUACAGAGUUUAUUUGCUUUGUAAGCUUUUGUUUCAAGAAAUUAGUUAUUCUUAUGUAAAUUAGGUAAAAUCUUUAAAUUUGUCAUUUAUAAUACAGAGUGCAAGAUGAUUUGCUCUUUAAAAAUCCAAAUUUAUCAUAAAUGUUUUAUUAUUAUAAUAUACAAAUUAGCAAUUCAGAAAGCCAAAUGUUUUUUUCUAUUGCUUAAAGCAAUUACAGAAAUGUAUUUUUAAGAAUAUUAAUUUAUUGAAAUUAGCAACAGAGAAAAUAUAUAAUAUGCAUAUAUAAUGUUUAUAUGUUUGCAGUCUUUUAGGAAUGAAUGCUUUUCAACUUGAGAUCAGGACACAACUUAAAUAAGGAUCAGGCUUAAUGAUCAUAUUCUAAUUUUAAGUACUAUAUAAUAUGCCUAUGUGAACUGAAGAUAAAAAGCGGCUUAUAUUCUAAAAGAAAAUACACAAAUUAAAAAAACGUAAGUCGCAAAGAUUAUAUAUUCAAUGAAUAUAGUCCAAACUACAUCUUGGUUUUUAGUGAGAAGAUUCAAAAUCUGCAUCUGCUCACUAAUUGCUCCACCUUGAAGAAUAUUCUCACAUACAAAUUACUAUUUCUUAGUGCCACUGGCUUCCUUUUCUACUAAUAUGAUGUAUAUUGCACCCUUGCUGCUGAAAUUAAAACUGUGAAGACUUUGUAUAAGCCUUGUAUUAUGUACAAUGUUUGUUUCUUUAGUGUAUCAGUUAGUAAAUACAGUAUAUAACAUACAAAUACAUAAAAAUAUCCUGAGGGUGUUGAGGUCUUGCUGUUGUCAAAUGAAGAGACACUGAAAAGCUGUGAUGGGAUGAAUGGUCUCCUCGUAUGUUUAAUGAUUGUCUACAUGUUAUGGCAGUGUUUGUACAGAUGACACAAGCUCAAGGCAUUGUCACAUUAUUCCAGCGAUUUUCAGUCGCAGAUUUCAUUUGCAUAAUCUUUGCAAGUCAAAGGCAGUCAUUACACGCAGUUGUGUAGCCUGAUAUACCCAGCAGCUCAAUCCAACCAAUCUGAAACUUGUCCUUGAUCUAAAAAGUCGGAUUUUGUCAUAAGUCAUAGGGGUGAGCUCUGUGUGUGUGAGAGCUGAGAAACAAUGAGCCAGAAGUACAAAACAUCUAAUGCAGCGAUGAGAAUUAAGGAAUGGGAGUGUUAUGUACCUCACAUACAGAAGACAAGCUUGUUGCCUGAUGUGUCAUGUUUUGCAUGCCAUGACAGAAUGGAAAAAAUAAAAAAAAAUGCGGAGAUUGUUGCUGAACUUGCCAUACCUGUAAUGCAUUCAUACAGCAUCAGCUCUGUCAGUCAGACCAUCAUUAACUGUCAGAAAAAGGGGAGAGCUUGUUAUACUUUGGAAAUGUGAAACUGUGCCAUAAAGUUGUCACACAAUCAUGUAAUUUGUCAUACUCAGAGAUUUUGUAGUCAUGUAAUCUGAUGAGAUCAACAACUACAGUUGUCAACUCCUCUCCAACUUGAAGCUGUGUAGUGUGCCUCCAGCUUCAUUUAACAAAAGCUUUCACAAACAAACUGAAAGUCGCAUGAAAAGUCACUCCAGUGAAAGAAUUCAUACCUCUUUCUCUUCAGUCUUAGAAACAUUUUGAGAGACACAGCUGUAUUUUUCAUAUACUGUACCUCCAUGCUUUGUUCUUGUAAUAUAUAAAAACCUAAGAGCAUCAUUUGCUACGAUAAACAGUAAAAGCAUAUUGAUCAACCUACCUCUAAAGUUUUCGCUUUUCUUUACAUGUUUAAAUUGACAUAAUACCUCAACAGAUGUAACUAUAUGGUUUUCUAAAAAAAAUAUUUAUGUGUAAAUACAAAGUAAGCUUAUUAACAUAUUUUCAGGUGUGUAAAAGAAUCUGGAUUUUUAUAACAUUUUAAUAUUUAAAUAGAUUUUUACCAACAAACUUUAAAUACAGUACAGUAAUCCCUCCUCCAUCGCGGGGGAUGCGUUCCAGAGCCACCCGCGAAAUAAGAAAAUCCGCGAAGUAGAAACCAUAUGUUUAUAUGGUUAUUUUUAUAUUGUCAUGCUUGGGUCACAGAUUUGCGCAGAAACACAGGAGGUUGUAGAGAGACAGGAACAUUAUUCAAACACUGCAAACAAACAUUUGUCUCUUUUUCAAAAGUUUAAACUGUGCUCCAUGACAAGACAGAGAUGACAGUUCAGUAUCACAAUUAAAAGAAUGCAAACAUAUCUUCCUCUUCAAAGGAGUGCGUGUCAGGAGCAGUGACUGUCACAGAGAUAGAGAAAAGCAAACAAAUCAAUAGGGCUGUUUGGCUUUUAAGUAUGCGAAGCACCGCAGCACAAAGCUGUUGAAGGCGGCAGCUCACACCCCCUCCGUCAGGAGCAGACAGAGAGAGAGAGAGAGAGAGAGAUAGAGAGAGACAGAGUUUGUUUUUCAAUCAAAAAUCAAUACGUGCCCUUCGAGCUUAUAAGUAUGCGAAGCUCCGUGCAGCAUGUCGUUUCAGGAAGCAGCUGCACAAAAGAUAGCAACGUGAAGAUAAUCUUUCAGCAUUUUUAGACGAGCAUCCGUAUCGUCUAGGUGUGCGAACAGCCCCCCUGCUCAAUCCCCCUACGUCAGGAUCAGAGAAAGUCAGCGCAAGAGAGAGAGAAAAGUAAGCUGGGUAGCUUCUCAGCCAUCUGCCAAUAGCGUCCCUUGUAUGAAAUCAACUGGGCAAACCAACUGAGGAAGCAUGUACCAGAAAUUAAAAGACCCAUUGUCCGCAGAAAUCUGUGAACCAGCAAAAAAUCUGCGAUAUAUAUUUAAAUAUGCUUACAUAUAAAAUCCGCGAUGGAGUGAAGCCGCGAAAGGCGAAGUGCGAUAUAGCGAGGGAUUACUGUAUAUUACAGCAAUCAUUACAUAACUAAUAAAAUAUAUGUAAUAGAAAUAUUAUGUAAACUGUACUAUAAAAAGUAAACAAUAAUGUAACAUAACAUUCUUGGCAGCAUCAGAUAAAAAAAGAAACCAACUCUGGACCAUCACAAAGUCACCUACACACUCACACAUGUUAGGGAUGUAGGAGGAAACAGGAGAAAAAACAAUGGAGGCACUGGGGAAUCUGCUCAUGUCCUACAACUAUACACCAAGCUUUUGCAGGAUUUGAGUCUGCAGACAGUAUAACUAUAACUAUAAGUAUAACUAAUCACACACCAAUUAUAAAUGAAUCAAAGCUGUUGGUGGGUUUGUGGACAUUGGUGGAUAGGCUGUAAACUGUAGGCCUUUGUGAACUCAUUUAAAUGUUUAUCACUCCUUUGUCACUGUAAUUAAGUUUGUAAAAGCAGUGCAUUAUGCAUUAAUCAAAAAAUUAUAAAGAUUUGGUAUAAAUAUUUGAUUAUUACUUGAAUGUGGCAUAUGACGUAAACAUAAAACUGUUAAUUUAAAGUACAUACCGUUCAACUUCUACUGUUUAUGAAGACACAGGCAGCGUAGCCUAGUGGAACAAAGCAUUCCACGUAAAUUAUAAACCUGCAUUACUCCAGUUUUAGAAAUAUGGAAAUAAUUGUACUUUUCUCAUGUGAUUUGUAAGUUACAGUUUUAAAAAAGUGUCAGGUAAAUAAAAUAAUAUUGACAUGGAUGGUAUGUUUUUAUCUACAAAAUGUAAGAACACUAUACCUAAAAGAUGGGCAGUCUGCUUAUUUGCUAUAGCGCCUUUUAAUAACAAUUAUGUACGAUAUGUGCCUUACAAAAUAAAGAAUACUAUGUUAAA